AUGGCUCGCGCGACAAAACAACAGGAGGAUGGCGGGGGGUACAACCGCUCAGCCCCACUCCUUGUAGUUGUCACCCUGAUGCUCGUUGUUGGACUGGUGUCAUUCAGCAAGCCCAAUGUCACCAUGCAGCAGGCGAUCAGCUCUGCACGCUUGAGUGGAAUGAUUGCCAGCACAGUUGGCAGUUUUGCAGCUGAGACCGAGCCCUGGGUUGGCGAGCUUGCCAGGCCUGGCGUGGGCACGCCCUGGCCAGGCACCCCCAUGGAGCUCCCCACCAAGGAGACAUUCGAUAGGCUGCAGGCCAAUCCAUCGCUGUCCCAGAAGGACGCAGCAUUGGCCGAGUUUGAGGCGGCGCCCUGGCUGCUGCCACCGCGCACCAAGGCGCUCAGUUAUGCGGGGGUGCAUGAGCUGGACAAGCUGCUGCAGCUGCGCUCCACGCCUCAAGGCAAAUACAACAAGACCAUCACGUUGAUGACCUACACUCUCCCAUUUACUGUCUUGAUGCAGAACACAAUCUACACCAUGGUCAAGUUUGGCGGCGUGCGCAACUACAUUGUUGGCACCUGGACCAAGCGCGACCUGGAGGCGUGCGCCGACCUGAACCUGCCCUGCGCUGAUGUCAGUGCCUUCCUGCCGGAGCCUUUGGAGGCUCCUGAAGGCGACGUCCCGGCCCGAUUUGGCACCCACGACUAUCUGGUGCGCCUGCAGCUGCUGAGCGAGAAGCUGGUCAUCUGCUGGCUGCGGUCGGCCAUCAUCCACCACCUCCUGAAGGAGGGAUAUGUAGUGUACAACACAGACAGCGAUGUUGUGUACACAAUGAAGCCCGCCUGGCAGAGCUACCUUGCUUUCAUUGAACACGGCCGAGUGGAUGGAGCCUUCCAGGCUGAGUAUCUGUCAGUCCUCUUCUUGCACCCUCUCUGUGCCAAUUACCAGCAGAAGCUGGAUAUCUUCAAGCAGCAACUGUUGUGGUUCCUGGACGAUGAGACAGCCACCAAAUGA